AUGUCCUCGGAAACGAAGCCUCUCCUCGGGAAGAAGUCGUCCAUCCCGUCAGCGUCCUUUACUUCGUCCCUGCCCGCCCGCCGCCUCCCGCAAGCGAUAGCCCACCGCGGCUUCAAGUCCCUCUACCCGGAGAACACCCUCCUCGCCUUCCGCGGCGCUCUUGACGCCGGCGCUCACGCGCUCGAGACGGACCUGCAUUUGUCACGCGACGGCGUCGUGGUGCUCUCGCACGACGGGAACCUGAAGCGGUGCUUCGGCGUCGACAAGAAGAUCAAUGAGUGCGACUGGGCGUAUCUAGAGACGCUGCAGACGGUGAUGGAGCCCGGUGAGAAGAUGCCGCGGCUGGAGGAUUUGCUGGUGUUCCUAGCGGAGGAGGGGGCGGGGAGGGACGAGGUUUGGGUGUUGUUGGACAUCAAGGUGGAGACUGGACUGUUGUUGAGGGAUGCGAGUGCUGAUACCCUGGGCGAACAGACCGACGACCCGCCGGCCGAGCUGCUCGGCCACGUAGCGGAGGUUCUGACCUCGACGCCGGGCCCCGUGCCGUGGGAGAAGAGGAUAGUAUUCGGCUGCUGGAACCAACCCUACAUAACCCACGUCCGCACCAUCCUGCCCACCUACCCCCUGGCCCUCAUCUCCUGGUCCCCGCUCUACGCCCGCAAGUUCCUCUCCCCCUCGCAGCCGAACCUGUCCUUCAACAUGUUCCAGAAGGCGCUCGUCGGGCCCGUGGGGAAGCUCUUCAUCCGCAAGGUCAGGAAGGCCGACAGGAAGCUCUUCGUCUGGACCGUCAACGACGAGGAGUGGAUGGAGUGGAGCAUCGCCGCCGGCGCGGACGGCGUCAUCACGGACGAUCCCGAGAUGUUCCUCGAGGUGUGCCGACGGUGGGAGGGCGGCGACGGGUCCGACAGCGCGGCCCGGCCAAAGGGCACGGGAGAGGAGCCCGCGGCGAAGGCGGCCCGGAGGGCGGGGCGCGUCCGCGACGGGACUUGGGGGCGGACGCUGAGGUUGUACUUCCAAAUCGUGAGCGUGCAGGUCCUCGUACUACUGUUCACGCCGUUGCUGAUGAUUUUCGCCCGGUUCGGGUUCGUCGCGCCGGGACCCAAGGCGGCCAAAGCGUUGAGGCUGUGA